AUGCUUUUUUGUCUAACAGAGUCUCAGGGGCCUGGGCUCUGGUCUGGCCAAGGCUCUUGCGUUCAUUCGGCAGCCGAGGCAUUUGACGAUGCCAAAAGAAUACAAGACAUUCACAAGUCAACUAAACCUUUCCCCAACUAUGGUGGCUUUUAUUGGUAUAGACUUUUCUGUGCUCUAGCCAGCCUCCGAGUUUCACUCCGCUCUGACAGUACGAUCAAGCUCAACGAGCAAAAAGAAAUCGGGGAUGCUGUUUUCGGACUGAAAGGAUCCGAGCCUACUCAUAGAUUAGUGAGGAGGCAGAUGACGCUCGCGCAUGCAAAAUGUUAG